CCAACUCUCCUAGCUGUCACACGACCAAACCCAUUCUCCUCUUCACCUCCGCCUAUAAAAGCCCCACAGCUCCAUUUCCUCUCCGGCGAUCACAACACGAGAGCUAGCUAGCUACGUAUCAAUCCCAAGCAUCCCUUCCUUGGUUCCUAAGCCAGAGUUUCUUCUUUUGUCUUAUCGUUGAGGCCAUGACGUCGUGGGCGGACCAGUGGGACACCGGCGCCGACCCCAGCCCUCGCCGCGGCAGCGGCGACGGGAAGAAGCAGGGUGGCGACCGCGUCGAGAAGACCAAGGCGGCCGCGGCGACCGGGCUCAAGAAGGUCAAGGCGGGCACCGCGCAGGGCUUCCAGUGGAUCAAGGACAAGUACCACCAGAAGAAGAACGCCGGCGCCGGCAAGAGCAGCAAGCAGCAGGGCGGCGGCUCCCAGAUAGCGGCCGGGUACUGAGUACUGACCGACCCACCGAUCGACCACGUGGAUGCACAGACGUUUGAUUUAGUACUGUAUAUGGGAUGCAAUUUGUACUAGCUAGAAGAGUAGUAGAAAGUAGUCCUGCAGCUUGCUGUUCUUGUGUGUGCAUAAUUAAAUGGCUGCUGACCAGUUAGCACUUCUUCUGCAGAUAAUGAUGAUUCUAUUGUCUUCUGCUACUGUUUCA